AAAAAAUUAACGAGUGGAAACUCACACUGUAGAGAAACAAUUAUUAUUAUGGACUAUCCAACAGUUACUCAAGUUGAAACACUUAUAAACGAGCUUUAUAGUUCAAGCGAUCCACUUGUCGCCAAAGAAAUCCAGGAUCAACUUCAGACAUUACAGAAGCAACCAAUUGCUUGGGAAAUUGCCUCUCAACUACUUUUUUCGCAAACAGAUCAUUGUCGGUUUUUCGGUGCACAUACGUUUCAAGUGAAAAUCACACGCGAUUGGGAAACGCUACCAGAGAAUAAACAUGAAUGGUUAAAGAGCGAACUCCUUAAUUGGAUAGUUCGGUUAUGUGGAGGACCAGCUUUUGUCACUACCAAAUUAUGCAUAGCAUUAAUAGCCUAUUCAUUCCAUUCAGUGCCCGAUAAAUGGCCGCACUUCAUCGCAUCAACAGUAGAAGCGCUACAACUAGGCUCACAAGCUUAUGGUGUGCCAGCCCAAACAAUCUAUUCAACUAUUCUGGAAUUUUUAACGCUUGUACCUGAGGAAAUAUCCAAUUCUAACCUUAUUGGCGGACACAAGCUACAGCUGAUUGGAGAAUUAAAAGAAGGCGUUCCGAUUGUUCUGACAACCAUAUCGACGCUACUAUUUCAACCUGUCAAUUCGGCUGAUACACUUCAACAUAAAUCAUUAAGAUGCUUACAGAGCUGGAUACAGUAUGGGAUUAAUUUAGAAGAUGCACAUACUUUGUUACAAAAAGUGAUGAUCUUACUUGGUCACCCGGAAUUAUUUGAACCUGCCGUUGACGUCUUAUUAGAAUCUAUGCAACAAACAGCGUGGGCGAGGUAUCAAAAUUAUCGAAAUGAGUUAUUAUCAUGUUUCACGAGCGACGCCAUGAAGGAGAAGUUUGAGACUUGUAUUGCAGAUGAGGAUGAGGAAACUGCGCUUGCGCUUGCAAAGUUGUUUACGACCUUUGGAGAGACAUAUACAGAUUUUAUAGUGAAACAUUUGGCCCGGCCAGACAUAAAGUGGCUGUUGCAGAUGAUAUUACAAUUAACAGAUUAUAAAGGUUACUAUCCGAUAGAUCAGGAAGUAUCUGAAAUUCCACUCAACUUUUGGUAUAUAAUGCAAGAAACCUUAUUUGAUGAGAAUGUAUUACCUUUGCGCCCUAUAUCGACGCCACCACAUCUCGAUGAGGGAAAUUCAAGGGAUGAGGCUGUUUGGAUUUAUGAGUGUGGGCAAACCUCGUUGGCUAUUUAUCGUGAUUUAGUGAAAAUCCUGAUUCAGAAAGCUUGCUACCCAGAUGAAAUGACUUGGAAUUCAUGGAAUAAAGAUGUUAAAGAUAAGUUUAAGAUCUGGAGACGUGAUUUGGGAGAUACAAUGAUCAAUCCCUACUUUGUAUUGAAAGACGAGAUGUUAUCAAUUCUCUUGGAGCAAGCAACAUGCAUUAUCGAGCAAUGGGAAGGCUUACCAAACUCAGCACAAUAUUUAGAGGCUACGUUAUUUUGCCUGAAAAGCAUAUCUGAAGAGAUCAGUGCGAAGGAAAGUGUUUACAUAUCUCGGUUUUUUGGCGCAGAGAUAUUAGGAAAAUUACAAAGUGAUUGUAGUAUUCGAUUGAAAAAUACUGUUUUAUUACUUAUGGGUUCAUUCUCGGAAUGGCUCAAAUCAAACCCCCAAUUAUUAAACCCAAUCAUGAACUACAUUGUACCUUGCCUGAGUAAUCCUAACCUAGCCCCAGCUGCUACCUCUUCCUUUUCAGAUAUUUGCGAUAACUGCCGCGAAUCUCUAGUUGAUGAGUUAGAAAGUCUGAUGCAUGUUUAUGUAGCUAUGGCAAAUUCAAGUAUAAAGUCUAUUUUCAUGCAGAAGGUUGUGCAAUCUGUUGCUGAUGUGAUUCAAGUUCUGCCACCUGAAAGAGCUAUACCUCCUUUAAUGUCGUUAACUGGAGAUAUUUUGCAAGGCAUAUCGAAAGCGCUUAAUUUAAUAGAAGAAAACCCUGAAGGGUCACGAGACGCAACCCUUGUCCAACUUCAAUAUCUAACUGCAUGUUGUCGUGGUAUACAAUCACCAAAUGAUGAUUACAAGUCCUUAACAGAACGGGAUGAAAUUUACGAUGCAUUUGCUAGCGGGAAAUUGACUAAAGCAUAUAUGAAAAUUGAUGGCUUCAGCGAUAUUGCUUUUGCCAUUGAGCAAUCUACUGCACGUAUUGCACGAGUAUGGGGUGCAGAUGAAGCUAUUGCAAAGGCCUUAUCAACUUUCGUUGACCAAGGUAUCAAGUCAACAAGUCCUUUACUCAGUUUGAGUUUUGUAAAUUUCGUAGAGUUGGUAGAGGCAAGUUAUACAACUGCGGCUUAUGCUUGCUGGCUUGACUCAGCAGCACUUGCAAUGACGGUAUUCGGUGGGCAGGGAAUGUACACUGAGAGAUUGAGAGACAUGCUAGGUACAUUGACAACAAAGACGUUGGAGGUAAUUAAUGGAACAGAAGCUAUGGAGAAUUAUCCAGACAUUGUUGACAGUUACUUCGGAUUACUUUCAAGGACGUUACGACGUUGUCCUUUAGCAUUUUAUCAUUUACCAUUGUCCAUGAUCAAUAUGAUUUUCUUGAUCGUCAUUGCAGGCUUAGGAUUGCAAGAGCGCUUAGCAUUGAAAGCAGCUGUUAUGUUCAUGGCCGAUUUUGUCACGCAAGAUCAUCCAGAUAAUUCAGAUAUAAGUGAAGUAGCGGACACAAUCAUGAUGAACUUGGGAAUCAAAAUUAUGGAACAGCUAUUAUUGGGUAUUGGUGGUCGUGUGCCUAGGUCUUUUUCAGGACCACUUGUGGACGUUUUACAUCGAAUAACAGGGAAAUAUUUGCAACCUAGUCGCGAAUGGUUAAGAACAUUACUAGCAACUGAUGGUUUCCCUUCUCCUUUGGUAACUCCAGAAGACAAGGAGGCAUUACUUAAAGGCGUAUUAGGGAAUCGAUCUUUGAAGAGAUUUAAAGAGACGGUAAAUAACUUUUCCAUAAAAUGCAGAGGCCUUGGGAACACAACUUUUGGCAAAGUGUAAAUGUCCCUCGAAUAAUACAUCUAGUCUGUACGGUAAUGUAUCGCAUACACCAUUUUUACUUUUUCUUGUGUGCACUUUGAGAUUUAUCUUGCGCAUUAUCCAAUAAAAUCUGCGUAUCCGUAAUUUUUUGGUUUUUUUUGCGUCUUUUUAUUCUAUAUCAUUUCAUUGACCAGUAUCCAAAAUUUGAAAUCCAAUGAAAUGCCCCCAUUUGACCCAAAAUUUUGAAUAGGGUAGGUACGAGUUGAUAA